AUGGCUGCACCUGGCUUGUAUUUUGCUGUCAAGUUAACGGCCGCGUUACAAGCCCACGCGAUUCGUCACUUCACCAAACGAAACCAAUCCACCCGGUGCUUCAAUUGGAAAUACACACAAUACAGCUUUUUCAACCUAUACAUAAACAGUGGCCAUAGACCUAAUGCCACUGAGCUUCGAUGGUACGUGAGUGUAUCAAUGAUAACGCCAAAGACCUGA